AGAGCAUGGGUAUUUUGCUCCAUGGUGAGGGUAGCUUUGCAGGCCAAGGUGUUGUCUAUGAGACAUUGCAUCUGAGUGCUCUUCCGAAUUACACAACCGGAGGGACCAUUCACAUUGUAGUGAAUAAUCAAGUGGCGUUCACUACUGAUCCAACGGCUGGAAGAUCAUCUCAGUAUUGUACUGACGUUGCAAAAGCUUUAAAUAUUCCAAUUUUCCAUGUCAAUGGUGAUGACGCUGAGGCUGUCGCUCAUGUGUGUGAACUUGCUGCAGAAUGGCGCCAGAAAUUCCACGCUGAUGUUGUGGUUGAUAUUGUCUGUUAUCGUCGAUUUGGACACAAUGAAAUUGAUGAACCAUCCUUCUCCCAGCCUAAAAUGUAUGAGAUCAUCAGAAAUCAUCCUUCUUCAUUGGAGAUCUACCAAAACAAACUCCUAAAUUCCGGCCAGGUGACAAAAGAUGAUGUGGAAAAGAUACAUAUUUGUUCUAUAAGUAGUCUUCUAUGCUUAGGCCGACUCGAAUACUCAUGUGUUGUAUGUAUAAUUCUAUUUAUACAGUUUUCUAUGUUUGUCACUUUGUAAAGGAUGAAAAUUUUCUUUUGUAUUUAUAAAUUAUGGUGGUUA